AUGGCGUCAACGGCAGAUACUUGGGAAUUGCAUCCGCAACGUCGUAUGUCUCACUCGCAUAGGGACAGCGCGGACACUACUCUUAGUGCCUCAGUGACCCCUUUGACGGCAGAGAUCGGUGUACCCGGUAGCAGCCUCUACUUGUUCAGCAUUCGCGGUCGGGAUCAGCCGGGCAUCUCACAUCUCAUGUGCCAGACUAUUGCAGACUUCGAUCAGAGCACUUUGCUGGAUAUCUCCCAGAUAUGCAUCGAUGAGCUCCUCAUGUUAAGUUUGCUGGUCAAGGUUGACGAUGAACACGUGGCUGCUCUCACGAAGGAGCUACUGCUGCCGGCCAACCGCAUGGGCGUUUCUGUCAGUGUGCGACAGCUUCACGAUGACAGUGGAACUGAUUCGGAGGGCGGAGAGAGACCCGCUUCGUUGGAAGGAGACGAUGGUCUCUGUGGGUCCGAGGAUUGCCUUAUCCAGGUCGUCUAUCACCCUCCAAAGGGAACAGUAGUUGAAUGCCUACCUCCAGCGCUGCUCCUCAAUGUGUGCUCGAUCGCAACCCGCGAGGGCUGGAGUGUUGUGUCAGUAGUUCACUUCAACCCGGAUGCUCCCUUGUGGGUGCACUCGUUGCAGCUGAGAGUUCGCCAGACCGGGGACUUCCACCCAGAGGAGCCUAUCAAGGACGAUAUCUACAAUGCUGCAUCGCAUCCCAUGGGGAGCCGCCAAAGGCUCUACCUUCUCCUGCAGGAAGUGUGUCACAGAGUUGGCGCGGAAGUUGUUGUCAGGCCUUACGAAGCUCCUUCGAAGCCCAAGCCGAAGUCGCUCGUCGUUUUCGGUCUUUCCGAGGUUUUGGUCUCCAAUGACGUACUGAUGACACUACUCAAAGAGGCCGGCAAAGAUUACGAAGGCAUCAGAGCUCAGUGUGAGAAGCAGAAGCUCUCCGUGAACGAGACUAGUCAUCGUCUCGUUGCAGCCCUUGAAGGGGCUUCGCGUGAUGUGGUCUCCCGAACCAUUGCACAGUUACGGCUGACCAAGGGGGCAAGAAAGGUCUGUCAAGCACUCAAGUACCUCGGUUUCAAACUAGCGUUGAUAACUUCUAGCGCUUCACAGUCAAUUGCAAGGCACGUACAGUCAGAACUCGGUCUUGAUUACGCCCUUGCUACGGAGAUCGAGGUGGACCCAAACACCGACAAGAUAACUGGCAAGCAUGGUACGUUGAUGGACAACUUCCGUAAGGUCGAUUAUAUGAGGCUCAUCGCGGACAGAGAGAACAUCAGUCAGGAGAACGUCAUCGUUGUGGGCGACUACGUCCAUGCGGACUACUUGUUUGACCAGUGCGGAUAUCGGAUUCAUUUCAACUCCCGACAGCAGGGAGAUUUGAGAGUCCUCCUCCACCUGUUGGGCUACUCGGAAACUCACGUGCGUGAGCUUGUUGAGCUCUCACAGACCGGGCCCAACGAUUCUUGGAACACCCCCAGCAUAGAGGAGCAACUUACUCCAGCUAACUCAACUGUUGUUGCGGAGAUGGACACCACUUCUCAAGACGACAGCGAUAGAGAUGUCGCGCUGGUUAGAAGUACAACAUUGACAGACCCGCUAGCUCGCUCGGUGUGGGAUCUGGAGCCUCUCGAAGGCGUGUCACCAGACAGUGCCUUGGAGCGCUGCGAUAUCAGAGUGAUCGGUCCGGAUGCUCCCGGGCUCAUGGAGCUCCUUCUGGGGCCCGUUGUGAAGACAGGGACGAGCAUUGGCCAGAUUGUCACCUACAAUUUGCACGGCGUAUUUUGCAUGGGAAUGCAGAUCUACGUUACUGAUCCGGAGUCCCGUGACGACUGCCUCAAGGAUAUUCUCUUCAUCACUCAUGGUCGUGGCAUGGAUAUGCAGUACUCAACUCAGGAAAGUUUGCCCACCCUUCCAUCGUUCGCUGACCUAGAAAAUCCCACUGGACACUCGCCGUCCGAUGGUAUGUGUAACUAA